GGAAAUAAAGCGCGCUCCUCCGUUUAGUGGCACAUCGUGCGUAACAGGGAAGUGAGCCUAACCUACUUUCUGCGUUGUUAAAAGUUGUCCGUGCCCCGUGUCAACCGCUCGGCGAUCAAAACUUAAUUUGUCUUCGGUUAAAACGGCUGUAGUGUGUCCAGCUUUUAUGGGUCAACGUCGGCGUUGAACUGGGUGAUGAUGGGACGAAAUGUUCAGUAGGAUAUUCGGACAGGCGGAGUACUUAUGAGACAGAAGAGGAGGAAGAGGCGACGGACCAUAGCACAUUUCAAUGUUUUGAAAUCUCCAUUUCACUAAAGCCCUGCUUGAUCAUGGCCCAGUGGCUACACAUGUCCCAGCUGAUCCAGUGCCUGUCUGAUGACACUGUCAACAACCUCUAUCCCCCAUCCGCCUUCCCCAUUGAAGUCAGACAUUUUUUAGCUGAAUGGAUUGAGAACCAAAGAUGGGAUGACUUUGUGCUGGAGAAGGUGGAGCAGGAGAGCCAGGCUCGAGCUCUGUUGGACCAGAUCAUCAGCAUGCUGCAGUCGAUUGCUCAGCAGAAUGCCAAUGUGGUGGACAGGAUGAAGCUGAUGCAGAUCAGCAGGAACAUGAUUGUGUUCCAACAGCAGCCUCUGCAGUUUGGAGUGAUGGUCAAGGACAUCCUCAGGAAGGAGAGGGUUCUGCUCAGCACAAUAUCAUUACAGAUACAUAGACCCACAGGAGAGAGGCAUAACUAUGUCGCAAGCAAAAGUCUUACACCAAAGGACUAUAACAUCGGUUUACCUAAACAAAUGGUGCCUGCUCAGAUCCCCAACCCUCCACAGUACCAACAGUACGCAAGCAGAGAGACAUCCUUUCCCAACAUGCAGGAUGUUGACCACCUAGUUCUGAAGGUACUGGAGGUCCAGGACAUCCGACAAAAGAUACACCAGCUGCAAGAAGAUCUCAACUGGGAGAGACAAAACUAUGAGGGUUUACAAGGGCCUAUCCAACAGAACGGACUGGAUCCCGCAAAGUCAGAAAUCCAGAAACUCCAGAACCACAUCCAGCAGCUGGAGUAUAAUGUGAAAGCAAUGGCCACGAAGCGUUUCCAGCUGCUCCAGGAGUGUGUGGACUGUCUGGACCAGUGUCAGACCCGACUGAUCAGCAGACUGAAGGCGUGGAGGUGGGAGCAGCACAAGGCCACCAUCGGACAUCCCUUUGACGAAAACCUCAACCCUCUGCAAACUUGGUGUGAGCAGCUGCUCGGGGUGAAUGGGAAGCUGAGGCAGGAAUUGAUGCUGAUAGUGGAACCGAUGCCAGAGCUCCAGGAAAGGCUGGGGCAACUUCUGCAGGUUCUGAUUCAAAGCUCUCUUGUAGUGGACAAGCAGCCCCCUCAGGUCAUUAAGACUCAGUCAAAGUUCUCCACCACUGUGCGAUAUCUGCUGGGGGAGAAAGUAGCUCCCGGGAAGCCUGUGGUGCUGAAGGCACAAAUCAUUAAUGAACUGCAGGCCAGGAACCUGGGUAGUGUACCUGGUGAUAAUGUUGGUGAACUGAUCAACAAUACAGCCAUCCUAGAACACAACACAGCAAGCAAGAGCACAUGCGCCACCUUUAGGAAUAUGUCCAUCAAGAAGAUCAAGAGAGCGGACAGAAAGGGAUCAGAGUCUGUGACAGAGGAGAAAUUUGCCCUCCUGUUCUCCACAGAGAUCACCAUCACAGGCUGUGACACUCCCUACAGGAUACAGACGAUCUCACUCCCGGUUGUUGUCAUUGUCCACGGAAGUCAAGACAACAACGCUCUGGCUACCAUCAUCUGGGACUGUGCUUUUUCUGAACCAGACAGAGUACCAUUCGUGGUGCCGGAGCGUGUGCCCUGGAGGAUGAUGUGCAGCACUCUCAACAGUAAAUUCACUGCCGAGGUCCAGACGCAGCACAAUCUGGACCACUACAACCAGCACUUCUUGGCCCAGAAGAUAUUUGACAAGCCAGACUUUGCCGACGACUUCAGCAAUAUGAUGGUCUCCUGGGCCCAGUUUAAUAAGGAGGUUCUCCCGGGUCGACCAUUCACUUUCUGGCAGUGGUUUGAGGGAGUAAUGGACCUGACCAAGAAGCACCUGAAAACCUACUGGAGCGAAGGGCUGAUAUUUGGUUUCAUUGGGAAGCAGCAUCUACACCUGAUUCUCAAAGACAGACCCAACGGGACGUUCUUGCUUCGCUUUAGUGACUCUGAGAUUGGAGGCAUCACCAUUGCUUAUGUGUCUGCUACAGAGAAUGGGGGCCAGAAAAUCCAGAAUAUCCAGCCCUUCACCAAGCGAGACCUUGAGAUCCGUAGCCUUGGUGAUCGCAUCCGUGACAUCAAUCACAUAACAUUCCUGUAUCCUGACUUUCCUAAACAUGACGUUUUCAAAAAAUUCUACUCAGAGCCUCAAGCGUCACCCAUCGGAGGUUACAUCCCUGUGUCACUGCAUACUAAAGUCGGACCGGAAGCUGGCUCAGCCACACCCCCACCUGCCAUCAUGACACCUAUGGCUGAGAACCCUCACAGUUCUGGUACCUUCCCCGUGCAUCAGUUCCCGCAGCCCUUCAGCCCAGCAGAGACAAUCCCUCAAGAGAUAAUGGAAAGUGCAACUAGUCCUGAUGUGGAGUUCAGCCCUACCCCUCCUGUUUCCUAUGCCCAAAGUAACAAUAUGGAGCUAGAUUUGGACAGUCUUCUCCAGACUCUGAAUAAUUAGGAAGAUUUCCUGUUUUUGGAGUGCAAAGCUGACAUCAAACACAGACCAGAGUCACCCGUCUGACUGUCACAGGAGGGAAAUGUGGCAUUUUUUCUUCAGACAUUCUUCCUUCACUUCCACCUUCCAUCUACAGCUUCAUCUGCCUUUGAGUAAAAACUUUUUUGAGACAAAUUUGAUUUCUCUGGGACUCAAAGUGUUGAGUUGAGCUGGUGAAAGCAGAAGGGCAAGUAAAACUUUUCUUUUUUUAAUUUUAAUUUUCUCUGUCUUCCCUGGUGGAGGGUUUGUUGAUGCUGAUUUCUUUGUUUGGUUUGCUUGGAAAAUGAGAGGUUUACUGUAUAGUUUAAAAUGCUUUUCCAGCCAUGACCAAACACAUGUGAUAGCAGACAACGUGAUACUUUGAAAUGGAAAGGUAAAGGUAACAGGACAUCACCAAUCAGUGGACAGUGAGAUAGUGGAUAGUAGAGAUUUUUUUUGGCUAUAGAAGAUAUCGCAUAUUGUUCUUUGUGCUUGUUGCUUUUCUUUUCUUUUUUUGUUUUGGUCAUGCUAAGGCAAGCAUAUUUGAAUGGCAGUUCCCUAUUGUAUAUAACUCUUCCUUGUGAUUGAAAAGCCUCAGCUAUGGUAGGCUACACACUCCAUCUUGCAGUAAUGCACAUUAUACAUGGUUAAUUCUUCAUAGCACAGCUAUGAGUCAGUCAGUGUUUGUGACUCUAACCUGUUCUGUGGAAUAGUGUUCUAAUAGUAGGAUUAGAACAUAAAAAGAACAAUAAGCUUUUCCAUCACUGUUAAGUGUGAAACUAUAUCACAUUGGACAUUUACAAUAGAAGUGGUGAUAAUAAUGGUGGCGGGCAGUGCUUAUAUUAUAUUUUAGAUAUAUCGGUAAGUAUGUUUCAGCUGCCAGUAAUUGAGCAUAAAUGUUAGAUUGCAUGCUUUAGAUUUUUUUUAUUUAGAUACCCUAAUGCACGAAAAAAAAUGCUCUGUCUGUGAUGCAGUCUUAUGUCUUAGUCUUAUGUCUCUAUAUGUCUUCAGUCUUUGGAUUGAUAGAACUGAUUAAAACAGCGAAAGUAAAUGAUCAGAAGAAUAUUUCCAAACCAUCAUUCCUUUUUUAUUCUUAGAUGGAACCUUUCAAAUUAGAUGUUAUUCUAUGUAACUAAAUGAGGGUAAUUUUGUGUAACCUGUCAAUGUGCCAUGUCAUUGUUUUGUGUUGUUAGAGCUGUGUACUUUUAAAAAUGAAAAUAACUGUUAGGCAUUUUGUACAAAAUGAAAAGUAAAGACAUAAUUAGCUCCGCAGUUAAUUGGACACGUUAAACGUCACAGGGUGAAGAACAAUAUUAUUCUGACAGGGGAUGCAUUACCUUUGCAUCGUGGGAGCUCCAAAUUUAAUUUUUCUCUGAUCUUAGCAGCUUUUAUUCACAUCUUAAUGUAUAUUAAAACCAGUCUUCUCCAUAAACUAACUUUUGGAUUUUUAAGAAGCUUUGCACUACUUACCAUCACUGUCAAUGCUGUGCAUGUAAUAAUAUAAUAUAAUAUUGUGUUGGAAGAAACAUGUAGCAUGUAUGUUUGCCGGAUGAUAACCUGUUAUAUCAUGUGGAGUGACUUUGCGGUAAAUCAUCCCCUUGCAAAUACUACAGUCCAUAUAAUCGUACAACUAUGGUGACCAGUAAAAUCUCAGUUUUUCUCAAAA